UUAAGUAUACAGUAUGUGCUAGCCAUUUCUUGGGGGUGUUAUGCAUAGUGAUCCAAAAUUCUCAAUGUUCUGCUAAAGGACCUUAUACCAGGAAAUUAAAUGAGCUUGCAGUCAUGGGAUCAAAGAAAGAAUCUUUAAAUUCCUUAGGCCUGUCCUGUUAUUGCAGACUCCACCUUGAAACGUCAUCUUGGUAUGAUUACAAUAAAUGGUGUAAUACACCGAUGUGGUUGCACCAUUCUGUUACAAUAAUUAGACCAUACGACAUUAUGUCAUAACAUAAUAACGUCAUUUUGAAGAAGGUUAAUACUGUGGGUAUCAUAUGCCAUAGGAUUGGGUUUUCCGAUCGAUCCAUACUGUCAUACAUUCUAGAUUUUAGCUUAUAUCACUCUAGUGUAAACCACAAAAAUAAUCUAUUUGUGAGAUGGAAGGAGUUAUAAACGACGCAGAAAUAUCGCCCAUUAUUGAGGACGAAGUAAUUCAAGCAAACCAAAGUUACAUGACGAACGCAGCUGUGAAUAUGGCGAGUGAUCAGAGUCCUAUAACGUUGACAUUCAAUAAUUUACAAGUUUUUAUCGACAAUCGAAAGAUUCUGGACAAUAUUAGUGGAUCGGUCAAGCCAGGAGAAGUUUUAGCUGUGAUGGGACCAAGCGGUUCUGGAAAAACAACCUUGCUAAACUUUCUCGCUGGUCGCAAAGUAGGUGACACAAAAUCUGGCGAGGUCUUGCUAAAUGGCCGUCAUGUGAAUAAGAAACUGAGAAGAAAAAUAUGUUAUGUUUUACAAGAAGAUCUAUUCUUUGAAAAUUUGACAUUAAAAGAAACCUUGACUUAUUCAGCGUUACUAAGAUUACCAGAUAAAAUGCCAAAAGCAGAGAAAAUAAAGAAGGUUGAUGAGAUUAUUGAAAUAUUGGAUCUUACAAAAUGUGCUGACACUAAAAUGGGUAGCUCUCUUAAAAGAGGUCUUUCUGGAGGUGAAAAGAAACGAGCAAACAUUGGCUGUGAACUCAUCACAAACCCCGCACUUCUUUUUCUCGAUGAACCAACAUCAGGUCUGGACUCAAAUAAUGCAUACAAUCUCGUAAAGACAUUGGAAAACCUUGCUGAAAAUGAGGCAAAAACAAUUGUUAUGACUAUUCAUCAACCUUCGAGCCAAAUUUUUCAUUUGUUUGAUAAACUAUUGUUACUGGUAAAUGGCCAGGUUGCCUACUAUGGUGAUUCUUCAGAUGUUCUCGAUUUCUUUGAAAGAGCUGGUUUUCAUUGUGAGGAGCAUUAUAACCCUGCUGAUUAUAUAUUGGAGGUUUUAUCAAGAGGUGCUGAAGUUGAAAAAACUAUUGUAUCAGCUUGUGAUGAAUGGAUAAAAGGAACUCUACCCACCCCUGUGUGUGUUGACAGACGAAGUAUCGCCGUAAGUAGCGAACGGGAACGGGACAACGACUCUGCCGUAUUACCGCUGGACUACUGUUUGCAGAACAGAGCUAGUUUCCGAGAAGACAACGAUUCUCAGAAUUCCAGUCCUAGUCCCCAAAAAAAGGUUGUGUUAUCAAAUAACGUCAAACACACGGAAAAUGAUCUCAGUACUACCGGUGAGAAACUGAAUGGAUAUACAAAGAAAUUACCUGCGUCAGGAACUUCUCAUUCUUCAGUCGUUCAGUUCAGACCGAAACAGGAUAUAUCGGUACAAAUAGAUACAUCUGGGACAAACCGUCACUCCAUACGCAGGAACUCUAUGGAAGAGAUCAAACGCAUGAUGGAUAACACUUCUGAGGAUAGCGAUGACGAUAGUGGACACAACAGGUUUCAUUUGGAUCACGGGGAUAAGUGGCCAACGUCAUUUUGGACACAACUAUGCGUGCUCAGUCAUAGAACCUUUAAACAAUCAUUACCAGUGAUUUUAUCCAAGUUAAAUUUAAUACAGAACCUGCUGUUAGCCACCAUAAUUGGCUUAAUCUGGUUCCAGUUACCACACAAGGAAGAGACUAUUAAUGACAGAAGAGGCUUGCUUUUCUUUUUCAUAACGUAUUGGAGUUUCAAUCCGCUGUUCCAUGCUUUACUUACGUUUCCAUCAGAGGAAGUGAUCAUUAGAAAAGAACGAUCGUCUGGAAGCUAUCGUCUCUCGGCGUAUUAUUUUGGUAAAUGUCUCAGUGAAGUUCCACUGGUUAUCUGUUACCCCUGCGUGUUUUUAUUUGUUUUUUAUUGGCUGUGUGGUCUCAAUCCAAGCGUGGCAUUUCUCGGUCAAGCCCUGAAUCUGGUCGUUAACGCGAUUUUAUCGCAGUCAAUAGGACUUGCCAUUGGCGCGACUGUGAUGUCAUUCAACAAAGGAAUUGUGGUCGCUGCCGUCACAAUGUUAACCUUUAUGCUUCUGGGAGGUUUUUAUACUGAUAGAGUACCAUUCUGGUUGGAAUGGGUGCAGUAUUUAUCAUUUCUCACGUACUCGUACCAGAAUUGCCAGAUUAUGGAGUUCACUGGAAUUGCAGAUCAAAGUUGUGCUGAAAUAACCAGCUUCAUGCAGUGCAAGAACAAUGCAACUGUCAUCACAGGUAGUCAAAUUUUGAAACAUUUAAAUGUGACAAGAACAUACGGUGAAAACCUGGCAGUUUUGCUUGGAUUUACUAUCAUAUUCAGAGCAAUUGGGUAUUGUUCAUUGAGAUUCCUUCAUAAACCCAAGUAAAUAUAUAAAUUUCAUUUGUUCAGUUUGUUAUUAAGUACCAGGGUAUGGUACAUGAGUGGGUACCAUCCAAGGUAGGAGAGAAACAAAGAACUCUCUUUAAAGUUAUUAUGGUGUACAAGAUAGUUAUUAUUUUGUAAAUUUGCUGGAGGUGUCUCCAGAAACAGAAUGUAGUUAAGUUUGGUUGAUUUUUAAUGCCAGGUACUGGGUAGUAGGACUAGAUGUACAUCAUUUUCAUGGAUCAGUUCACAGAGUUUACAGAGAGUCGUACAUAUAAUAUAUGGCAGAGUUAUAUUAAAAUUAUAAGAAAUAAAAUUAUUGAGUUUAUAAAG